AUGGACGCCCGGGCAUCGACGUCUGAACCCCGGCAUUCUUUUCACUCGAGCUCCUGGUCCACGGCCGCCACCUCGGCUGUCACCUCCCCGGCGUCCCUCAUAGCCUCGGACGGCUCCCCGGACCCCGUUAUUGCCCCCGCCCCCGCCGCCGCCUCCUUGGGCUCCCACCUCGACUUCCUGCCCUUCCUGUUCCCCCAGCAGUCCAACAUCUACCACGCUCAGCUCCUCCACUACAACAAGCUUGUCUCGCCCAGCCGCGGAGGAGGUGGCCUUCAGACGCCGCCCCUCCCCCCCGUCGUGUCGGCCCCCCACGUCCACGCCGGGUCGAGGUCGCGAUCCUCUAGCAAGGUGUCGCUCAAGGACGCCCAGGCCGGGAAGGCAGCCGCAGCUGGAGGCCAUGGGAGCAGGUCACAAAACAACCAGGACAAGAGCCACCCGGUUAUAGCAUCCAAGGACCCUCCGCCCAGGAUGCCUGCCAAGCAGCUCGCCGCCGAGUCGUCGACGAGCGUCUCGCAGCGUUCGACCGCCGCCGCCACCGCCGCCGCCUCAGCCCAGGGCCAGUCCCACUCGAGCUCGGUGCCCUCGACGCCCCACCAGCACGCCCGCCAGUUCUCGUUUGAAUCCCGCGGCCCGUCCCCCCCCGUCCCAAACAGCCACUCGCCACGCUCGGCGUACUCGGAGACGAACAGCACCCUGCCCUCGCUGCGGCCCCUGCCACCGCGCUUUGGCGGAUGCAAGUAUGAGACGGCGCAGAUGAACUCGAGGCGAAGAAUACCCUACUCGGUGGGCAGCGACCGCUUGGAGAAGCUUGACCUGCGCAACGUCAAGAGCAAGUUGUCCGAGGACGAGGAGCGAAGGUUAAAUACAGACGUGCGCGAGAUUUUCGACCGCUUAUUGCCCACCGACGCCGUCGAGGCCAACAGGAAGAAAUUGGUCGGCAAGCUGGAGAGGAUUUUCAACGUGGAAUGGCCGGGUCACGACAUACGGGUCCAUCUUUUUGGUUCUUCGGGCAACUUGCUCUGCUCCGACGACUCUGACGUGGACAUUUGCAUCACCACCCCGUGGCACGAGCUGGAAGGCGUCUGCAUGAUAGCCAAUCUCCUCGCCCGCCGUGGAAUGGAAAAGGUGGUGUGCAUAUCGGCCGCCAAGGUGCCCAUUGUCAAGAUCUGGGACCCCGAGCUGGGCCUGGCCUGCGACAUGAACGUCAACAAUACCCUCGCUCUCGAGAACACCCGGAUGGUGCGGACGUACGUCGAGGCUGACCCCCGCGUGCGGCAGCUCGCCAUGAUCAUCAAGUAUUGGACCCGGAGGAGGAUCGUCAAUGAUGCUGGUCUCGGUGGCACGUUGAGCUCGUACACGUGGAUAUGCCUCAUCAUUGCGUUUCUCCAGGUCCGGAGCCCCCCCGUGCUUCCCGCGCUGCACCGGCUUCCACACAAGCUUCCCAAGCCGGACGGGACUGUGAGCGACUUUGCCGACAAUCUCAAGAAGAUUCGGGGGUACGGAAGCAAGAACAAGUCGUCGGUGCCCGAGUUGUUAUUCCAGUUCUUUCGCUUCUACGCGCACGAGUUCGACUACGACAAGCACGUCCUGUCCGUCCGGCAGGGAAAGCUAAUCACCAAGGUAGACAAGAAGUGGAACUAUCAGUUGAACAAUCAGCUCUGCGUCGAAGAGCCCUUCAACGUGUCCCGAAAUCUCGGUAAUACCGCCGAUGAAUAUGCCUUUCGGGGCCUGCAUCUGGAGCUUCGAAGGGCGUUUGACCUCAUCUCGGCCGCCAAGCUGAGCGAGGCGUGCGAGCAGUACGUCUACCCCAAGGAGGAGGAGAGGGUAUGGACCCGCCCGGCACAGCAGUCUCGCCCGGUCCUGCUGCGCAGCUCCUCGCAAACGCACUCGACGCAUUCGGGCCGAGGUGGUCGCGGCGCCUACAGGGGAGGGCGUCACAACGCCAACUUCCACCGGGGGGGCGGAGGAGGAGGGGGCGCUGCAGCAGGCGGCGGCUCCAGCAGGAGAGCGUCGUCGAGCGUGCCGACGUAUGACAACGGCGUCUUCAUGGCGCCCUUUCAGUACGCGCAGCAGGAUCUCAUGACGCAGAUGGCGUACCAGGAGAACAUGCGCCAGCUGCAGCUCUUUGCGCAGUCCCCCGGCUUUCUCCAGCAGUCCCAGGCCAUGGGUCAUCAGCGGGUGCCGACAGGCACAGCGCCGGGCCAGCAGCCGUCGGACCGCGCCCGGACGAAUUCCUUCGACAACAUCCCAGUCGGCACCACGCUCCGACCCGAUCUGUACGCCCUCUACAACAUGAGCAUCGGCCACGCGUUUUACCCGCAGGUGGCCGGCGUGGGCUACGGGACCUACCCGUCGUCUCCCGCCACCACGGGCGGGUCGGGCCAGGAGUUUCGCCGUUCGCUGCAACGGUCGACGGUCACGACCGACACCGGUGCCUCGGCGUCUAGCAGUUCGCUUAGGUCGCAAUCUCAGCCAGCGUCGCGGUCGCCCUCGGCAGCCUACUCCCAAACCGCCUACCAUCGCGGAAGCCAGACGCCGACGAGCGCUUCCGCCUACGCGCCCAAGAACGCCCACGGAGUACCCAUCCCCAGCUUCAUGCCGGACGACGCCGACUUUGACGAGACACCAAAGGCCGUCUCGGAGUCGCCCGAGUCGUCCGAGGACGACGGCAGGUCGGCAGGGUUCUUCCAGGCCCGGGAGUCCAGCCUCGCCGGGCAUGCCCAGCCUCAACAGCAGCAGCAGCCGACGCCGCCGCCCCAAGGUCUCUCCAACGGUAUUGCCUUUGGCGAUCUCGCGGCCGCGUCCACCGGCCCCGGCAGGAGGAGGCUCUCCACGGACCAGCUCCCGCAGACCAUCUUGGACAGGAGGAUGAAGCGGGCGUCGAGGUCGCCGUCGCCCCUCGGACAUAUGCGUGCCUUUUCGGUCGGCACACCAGCAGCCUCGCUGCCAUCUGCGGCGUCGCCAUCCAACCAUGGCAAGAACUCGUCCCGACCGCUUGUGGUCAAUGGGUCUUGCCUCAAGGCAAGUGCCGUGUCGGGCCAGCGGCAAGCAUCGAGGAGGGAGUCCCUGCAACCAGAGGAGAAUCUGGUCGCCACUGCCGAUCUCGACCAGGCGGCCUGGGUCAAUGGCGGUUCUGACUCGAUGUCGCUCACGGCCGAGGCGCCAUCGAUCCCCUCCCCGGGGUCAGCCGCCGAGCAGCUCCCCAUGGUUGUCAACGGCAGCAGCACACCCUCCGUGGGGCCCCCCACAUCGGACGACGCGUCUUUUCGCGAGCGAGUGGCCUUGAUGGCCGCGCAGCACAUCAGCCCUAAAGGCUAUCAACAGGAAACGACGCCCAACGGCAGCCCUGCUCGCCUCUCGCCGUCGGCGAGGCAGCGCUGGAUGUCACGGCAGCCCCAGAACGGCGUGAUUGCCCCUCUGGACCUCGCCAUCGGCGACCAGCGCGCCAACAAGCCGACAGUCAUCGACUCGGCCCACCUUUCUCCCGUGUACGAGGCCGGGGCAUCGUCUCCCAACGCCGUUCGACAGAAUGACGGCUUCUGGCUUCCGGCCAAGCCAGACGCGCGGAAUGAAGGGCGCCCCGCCGACGCGGAGAUUGACGAGGGGGCGCCGACGCCGACGGAGAGACGCAUUGCAGUUUACGAAGACGACCGAGCGCAAAGGCCAGAAAAGGCCUCGGUGCCGGUCUCGAAGGCCAUGAGCCCCCGCGUCAACGGACACGUACGGGGGGCCAAGAGCGAGAGCGACGGCGGCUGGCAAAAGGCCGGCAAGGGGAAGAAGAAGGCUGCCAACGCGGCUGGCCAGCAGGGGCACGCCGAACAGCCCCCGAAGCACGAGUCGGAGCGAAAGGGCGGCUGA